CCGCCAACCGCGGAGGACGGCGGGGGGUGGCGGCGGCGGCGCGUCCCGGUCACCUCACAGGCUGGCGGUACCGCCAUGGCGGCGGUGCGGGACGUCGAGAUCGACCCCGAGGGCACGUUCAAGUACAUCUUGGUGCGCCUGCAGCGCCCGGGCGGCGAGGAGCGGCGGGACAUCGUCCGCGGCACCAAGGCGGCCGAGUUCCACAAUCAUAUAUUUGAAAAAGUAAAUCCUGAAAUGGAAAAGCUGGGAUAUGAGUGCAAGUGCCUUGGAGGAGGGAAAAUUGAUCAUAAUAGCAAAGACAAGAAAAUUAGGGUAUUUGGGCUCUCUACAGGCUAUGGAAAAGCAGAUCAUUCGGUGACUGUAGAGUUACUGAAAAAAGUGUAUACAGAUUAUGAAAUUACAUGGUCAGAUGACAAGAAAUAAACGGCUACCUAUGAACACAACAAGCAUUUCAAAACUGUACUUACGGGAAAGACAUAAUUUAGACCGGAUUUCUUAUUGUGAUGACUGUUUCAGAAAGCAAGGGGAUGGGGCGAGGGGAGAAAAGGG